UGCCCAACUCCUCCUCUAGCCCCUGCUCCUGCCCCAGCCCCUCCACUGCCCCUCUCCCUGAUUCAGCCCCUGCCGCAGCCCCUGUACCUGCUCCACCCCUGCCCCAACUCUACUCAGUCUGUACUCCUGCCUCUGCCCCGUCAUUGCCCACUCCCUAAUACAGCCCCUGCCCCUGUUCCUGCUCCUAAACCGGCUCCUCCCGUCCCAGCUCCUGCUUUUCCCCCUACUCAGUCCCUACUCCUUCCCCUGCCCUUCACUGUCCUCGCCCUACUACAGCCCCUGUUCCUGCCCCUAAACCAGCUCUGCCCCUACCCAGUCCCUGCCGCUGCCCUGUGGUGGCUGGGGGCAGUCCCAGGUGACACUGCCCACGGUGACUCUGCCCCAGGAUGCUGGCACUGCCCGGGCGCCCAACACCGCCCCGGAUCCCCGCCCUGCGGAGCUCCUGCACCCGGACCAGGCUGCGUUUAAGGGUGGGACCUAACCCUGCCACCAUCCUGGCCAUCAGGGAUGGACAGACAGGUCCCACCCGCCCGCGGGAGGGUCAGGGUGGAGACGGGGAGCUGGUGAACACGUCUGCUGCGGUCUGGCCACGCUCCCCAGGACCAUCUGGGAGGGCUCAGUAGGGCUGGAAGCCUCUGGGUUGGAAUAUCCAGGGCUGCCUGGACCUUACAGGCUGGCUUGGGUGGGACGGGUGUGUGUGUGUGUGUGUGUGUGUGUGUGUGUGUGUGUGACAGUUCCCGGACAUCUGGGAUCCUGCUGCCGCACUUCCAGGUGGGAAGAUAUAAAUAUUUCAGCGGAAUAGCCGAGCCCUGUCAGCUUGCAUUUGCUUCUGGCAGGGUGAACGCCGGGAAAGGGGGAGGAAAGGCGGGGAGAGAAGAUGCCCUUGGAAGAUGCGCUCGGAAGAUGCAUCAUCUCCCGGGAGAUGGGGCACCAGCUCCGAGGCUCGAUUCUCGGGGGGCUUCACCUCCUCUAGGGAUGCUCUUUCCUCCGGGAGAAGUGCACGGCCGUGCUUCAGCCCCUCCAGGUCCUGAAGGCCGGACUCGCCCCAUAACCAACUCUCGGGGGUUGCUGCCAGGCUGGACGAGGGGAUGAGAAGUUUCGGGAGCUCUGCUUGGAGCACAGCGGGGAACUGUUCGGGACCCUCUGGGAUAGGGCACAGCGUAGACUGGAACAAAUCCACCCCCAGGAAACAAACGGGGUGCAGAAAUAAAUCCAAGGAGCCAUGGGUAUCAUGAAUCAGCGGAGGGGGCCAAGGCGGGGGCAGCGUUCCCCAGGGCCCGCAGCCCAGAGGCCGCGGCAGAUGGGCAGGGAGAGGACCCCGGCUGAGGGCAGUGGAAAAGGGGGUCCUUCACGACCUGCCGACGCUUUCGGAGGGGGAUUUGUCCCUAUUCGGGACACAGGUGCCGGCGCAGCUCUCUUCCGGCGUGGCCGGGCUCUUCCUGUUCCUCCUCCUCCUCCCCUUCCUCCCUCCCUCUGCACUGUGGGGCUUGUAGUCCCUACGCCGCCCCGCACGUGGAGGGCGACUACAUUUCCCGAGAAACUGCAGCGCCCUGGUUUUCCAUGCGUCCGAGAGCGCCUGUGGACAGAGAGGGGCUGCAUGGUCCAGCAGAGCCUGUGUAGCUAAUGGCUCCCAGGAUAAUGCCGCUGUCCUGCUGCAGAGCCAUGCCCGAGAAUGAUGGCGCCAAAAAGCCGGCGCCGGAGAUGGUGCCGGACCAGCGCUGGAAGCUACAAGUCUGCUACCUCUGCUUCUAUGGCUUCAUGACACAGAUCCGACCUGGGGAGAGCUUCAUCACCCCCUAUCUGCUGGGGGAUGACAAGAACUUCACAAAGGCAGAGGUGACCAAUGUGAUCACGCCGGUGCUGUCCUACUCCUACAUGGCUGUGCUGGUGCCCAUCUUCCUGCUGACAGACUACCUGUGCUACAAGCCUGUGCUGGUGCUGCAGAGCCUGAGCCACAUCUCCAUCUGGCUGCUGCUGGUGUGGGGCACUUCCGUCCUGGCCAUGCAGCUGAUGGAGUUCUUCUACGGCAUCACCAUGGCUGCCCGCAUUGCCUACUCUUCCUACAUCUUCUCCCUGGUCACCCCGUCCCGCUACCAGCAGAUGGCCAGUUAUUCCCGCUCCGCUGUGCUCCUGGGGGUUUUCACCAGCUCCGUGUUGGGCCAGCUCUGCGUCACCUUGGGUGGUGUCUCCUUCCUCACCCUUAACUACGUCUCCUUGGGCUUCGUCAGCUUUGGCCUUAUCCUCACCAUCUUCCUUGAGCGGCCCCGGCGCAGCCUCUUCUUCAAUCGGCCCGAGGGGGCUGGUGACGCUGCUGUGCCCACCGAGCUGGAGAGGAUGGCCGGGGGGGACAGUGGCGGGGGGACACGGGGCUGGCGGGACAUGGUGCUGUGCCGUAUGCUGCGGGAGCUGGGAGCCCUGGCCAGGCAGCCCCAGCUCCGCCUCUGGUCCCUGUGGUGGGUCUUUAACUCGGCUGGGUACUACCUGAUGCUGUACUACGCUCACAUCCUCUGGAAUGAGAUCUCUCCCACCACAGACAACCGCCGAGUGUACAAUGGAGGCGUGGAUGCUGCCUCCACGCUGCUGGGAGCUGUCGCCUCCUUUGCUGCUGGCUACGUGAAAAUCCGCUGGAAGCUGUGGUCAGAGCUGGUGAUUGGAGUGGUUACAGCAUUCCAGGCGGGAUUGCUCCUGCUUAUGAACUCCACCACCAACAUCUGGCUGUGCUAUGCUGCCUACAUCUUCUUCCGUGGCUCCCACCAGUUCCUGGUGCCCAUUGCCAUUUUCCAGAUUGCUACCUCCCUCUCCAAAGAGCUCUGUGCUCUGGUCUUUGGGGUCAACACCUUCUUUGCCACAGUGCUGAAGACCGUCAUCACCAUCAUCGUGGCUGACAAGAGGGGCUUGGGCUUAUCCGUGCAUCCUCAGCACCUUGGAUUUGCCCCCACCAAUUCCAACCAGCUUUGCUCACGGCCUUUGCCAUUCAAGCCCAACAAAGGUGGCACAGGGAGAGGGGGAAUGGCAGUGCCUGCCCUCGGUGCCACACAUGCUCAACACGCACACACCAGAGGAACACGUGCCAGGGGCACAGCUGGCCAUGCCUUGGGGCCACCCUGUCACCCCAGUACCUGUGCUGGGCUGGCUGGGGCUGUACCUACGCUGUGGGGGCACAGGCAAGGGUCCCCAGGGUGCGUGGAUGGGAUGGGGGAGACCAGACCCCCACCAGAGCUCUGCUGGCUGGGAGGUGGAGGUGAGAAUGGUGAUGGGAUAGUCCUUACCUGGGGAAGAUGGACACCAUCUGGGAGAGCCCCAGCAUCACCACAGGACAGUCCCUUGGGUGGGAUGCUGGUGUCUUGGUUGGAGAAGACCCUGUGGCUUCAGCAGCAGGGAUUUGGGUCCAACCCCAAGCUCCUGGUGAGGACAGCGUGGGGCUGGGGGGCUGGUGAGAGAGGUUUCACAGGCUUUUGCGGGGAACAGCCCACAUGGCAGCACUGAAGUCUCCCUGCCAGGCAUCCUCCCACCCAGCCAUCCCAA